UUUGUUAUGCGACUCCAAACGUUACUUUGUAACACGUAUCGAGCAUCGACAAAAUGCAAGAACGAUUUUUAGUGCGUUAUAUUAAAGUCGAUAACUGUUUCGCCUAUGUCUCGGAUAUUUGGCUACGUAGGCAAGGAACGAAGAAUAACGUAAUUGCGCUGUUACACAAAGAUGCGACUUAUUUUUUAUCAUGUAGUCCGAAACAAAUUACCGACGGAUCAUUAUACCUCGCUAGGCCCUUUGCGAAAGCUUUGAAUAUAGAGGACGGUGAUGAGGUAUUUGUACAUUUCGUAAAAUAUGCGCCAUCUUUGACAAGUGUAACGGUCGUUCCUCAAACGAAUGAAGAUCGUGAGAUAUUGGAACUUCAAGUCGAUAGAAUUCAAUCGACUUUGUUAAAUAAAAUUCAAAUAGUAGCGAAAGAUCAGCCUAUAGUAAUUUGGAUCUCGAAAUUUUCAACUAUCGUUCUAACUACAGAAAUGCUCGAACCAAAUUUUCCCUAUGGAAAAUUGGAACAAUUUACGGAACUUCACGUGACCAAUGCGAUUAAAAAUACUGUAAAGGAACAAAUAGAAUCUAAUGAACUCAAUAAUAUCGGUAGAUUCAAUUUUCGUGAUAUGUUAAAAGAAAUACCAACUUUUUCGAAAAUUUGCAAUAAUAAUGGAGUCGAUAAAAAUUAUAGAUCGCUUCAAAAUUAUCGACAACGACGUAAUCAAUCUGUCAUCUAUCGAGUUCACUUCCUUCCGAAAUUUGGCUCGUUUGAUGGGUCCAAUCCAUUCGACGUUAUUUUGAGAUCUCCUUAUCACGUUUUUGUACCGCGUUGUCACGUACCAAAAGACGUGCGCUACACAAAUGAUGGUAUAAUUUGUAAAAUGAAGAAAGUACCGGAAGAACAAGUAAACGUCAAUACACAAAGUACAAAUUUUUUGAAAAAUAUAAAAUCGCCAAUUUCGAGUUUAUCUUUCGAAUUAACGGUGAAACUUUUCGUAUUGGAGGACAUAUUGGAUCGAUGCUCAAAUAAUAUAGAUAAAAUUCAUUUCAAGCUCGAUUUUGUUCACAGUAAUAUUUAUAUUUCUGAGAGCGUAAAAAUUGGAUUGCGUUUAAGAAUUGGUGGGAAAGUCGUAUUAACAGCGAUCGAUGUUGAAAAAAAUUUGAUUCCUUUGACAAUAGAAAUUUUUCCUACGAUUCAAACGACGUCCUUGCAAAGCAUCAAAGAUUUUUUUACGAGUUAUUCUAUUCAUGAGAAAAUCUUAUUAAAUUCAUGCGCUCCCAUUAUCCUCGAUAACGGUAAUAGAUGUAUCGUUAAAUUUUUACCAGAGAAGUGUACUCAUUCUUUUCUCGACGCAACAUUAUUAAAAACUAUUACGAUUCAUCUUAAAUCAAAAUUAGAUUUAAAUGAUUUAUUAACGGUGAAACAUGAUGUAGAGGAUACUUUUUACAAGAAAAUUUUUACGAGAUAUUUAGAAAAUAUUCUUUCGGAGUGCCAAAUCACCCUUGAUCUUAGUUUACGAUUAAAUGCACCAAUGAAUCUCGAGUAUGAUAGAGAAAAUAUUUUAAUAUGCGGUGAGAUCGGUUCAGGAAAAUCAACGUUAUGUAAAAUAUUGAUGAAAAGAUUGCAAAAAUCGCCAUAUUUUGUAUAUACUCAUGUGAUUGAUUGCAUAUCGUUGAAAGGAAAAAAAGUAGAAAUGUUACAAAAGAUUGUAUGUGCCGUGAUGUCUCAAUGUAUUUAUCAUCAACCAUCAAUAUUAUUUUUAGAAGAUAUCGAUAGUAUUACUAUGGUAUCAUCAAAUAACGAAGAAAAUACUCCUGACUUCGUUAAUGCAGCUAGGAUUACUGAUAUGAUCAUCAACACCGUAAUGCAAUGUCAAGAAUCACAUUACGUGUCGAUCGUAGCUACUUGCGUUGACAUGAAUAAAAUUGGUAAAAAAAUGAGACCAUCCAAAGGAUUGAACUUUUUCAGAACGGUUCUAUCAAUACCGAACCUUCAAAAGGCGGAUAGAAUCGAUAUUUUGCAAUUAAUGCUUGAGGACAAGUUGUACGUGCCUGGCAACGUGAAUUGGGAUUACUAUGGUAACAAGACGGAGGGAUGGAUGGUACAAGAUCUCGUUGAUGUGGCGGAUAAGGCGACGUUUGCCGCUUGGAAACGUUGUGCAAAAGAAGAUAUCAAACCACCGAUCGUUAUCACAGAGAACGAUAUUUCGACCGUGUUGAAUAAUUAUAAACCGUUGUCUCUGCAAGGUGUUCAAUUAUAUAAAGGAUCUGAUCACACAUGGUCAGACAUCGGAGGAUUAGUUAAAAUUAAAGAAUCCUUGACAGAAAUUUUACAUUGGCCAUUAAAGUAUCCUGAAAUAUUUAAAAAUGCUCCGAUCAAGCUUCAAAGUGGAGUUUUGUUGUAUGGUAUGCCAGGUACAGGGAAGACUUUGUUAGGCAAAGCGAUAGCUAGUGAAUGUGGUGUGAAUUUAAUUAGUGUGAAGGGUCCUGAAUUGUUAUCCAAGUACAUUGGUGUGAGUGAAGAAUCAGUAAGAAAUAUUUUUGAAAGGGCUCAUCGUGCAAAACCAUGUGUUCUUUUCUUCGAUGAAUUCGACAGUCUUGCUCCAAGACGUGGACACGAUAGUACAGGUGUAACGGAUAGAGUUGUGAAUCAAUUGUUGACCCAACUCGAUGGUAUAGAAGAUAGAGAAGGAGUUGCUGUAGUAGCUGCAACGUCUAGACCAGAUUUAUUAGAUCCAGCUCUUUUAAGACCCGGUCGUUUAGAUAAAUCUUUAUAUUGUCCAUUACCAAAUGAGUUGGAGAGAGAAGAGAUACUGCAUAUUCUCUGUAAAUCCCAGAACAUAGAUAUAAUGGAAUUAGAUUUGAAAGAAAUUGCAUGCACUUCUGUUGGAUUAACCGGUGCCGAUUUGAAUGCGAUAAUUACCCAAGCUAAAUUGGCUGCCUUCGAAGAUGCUGUACAAAUCAUACCGGAAGAGGAACUUCAACCUAAGGAUAUCAAAGUAACUCAAACACAUCUCGUUGAGUCUGUACAAUCAAUUCAACCGUCUCUGUCUUCCACGGAAAUGGAGAAGUAUAUAAGGAUUUAUAUGAGAUUCUCAAAGGGUGACACUUUUGUCGAGGAUAUAUUGAAGAAUCAAAAGGCAACAUUUGCAUGAAAUAAGGAUUAUCGGCUAUCUUCCUCUCUUUGGCAAUGGGGUGGCCACACGACCGCUGAUUAUACCAUUCAUCGUGCAGCGUGCUUCGAAAGAGGGUUGUCGGCGGAUCUGCAAACGCUGUAGCGUGAUCGUUCUCCUUCUCCUUCUUCUUCUCUCUCUCUCUCUCUCUCUCUCUAUCUAUCUUUCUCUCUUGCUAGUCCCUGUUACGCCCUUGAAUGCUUGCUCAUCAAUGAAACAAUCCAGCUUCCUUGUCUCAUCAUUUGGUUUCUUGCUUUCGAAAUAUCGUCUUGCAAACGUGUCUCUUCAAAGUCGAUAGAACAGAUUCCUUUAUUGGAAUAUGUAUAUGUGUAAAUAUAUAUAUAUAUAUAUAUAUGUAUAUUUUUCAUUUUUAAAUGAACGAGUAUUUUCUAAAUUUAACAAUAAAAAAUAGACAAUCAUUCCUUUCGAAUAAAAGAAUGGAGCCUUUAGAAUUUUUUUGGUGAUUUUCAAUUGACAAAAAUCAUCUUUGAAAAAACGAGAAAAAGAGAGAGAGAGAGAGAGACUGAGAGAGAGUGAGAAAGCGAGAGAGAGAGAGAGAGACUGAGAGAGAGUGAGAAAGCGAGAGAGAGAGAGAGAGAGAGAGAGAGGAAGAGAGAGUACUAGGCCAGGGUUGUGCUGCAGUUCAUGUGCACAAUGAAGAAAACAAUAGCUCUCGACAAUGGACGAAGCAUCAUCGUUGCGAUUGCUGAAGCGACAACAACGGCAGCUUCGACUACGCGAUGGGACGGUGCUUGAGAGCAGAGAGAGAGAGAGAGAGAGAAAGAGAAAGAGAGAGAAAAAGAGAAAAUGAAAGAGAGAAAGAGAGAGAGAAAAAGAGAAAGAGAGAGAAAGGAUGACGAGUUGGUAGAGAAGGCAGGCCGUCGAAAAGCUCGCUGAUUACUCCAUUGUCGGCUCGGUUGUUUCAGUUAAUCGCGACGCUCUACGUCGUUUUGUUGUCCUUUUAUCGCGCAGUCCUGCCGAGCAUUCUUCGUUCACAGCCAGAGCUUGGCUAGCUAGUCUCAUCAUCACAAGUACCUACCUACAUACACACACACACACACACACAUACACACAUACAUAUAUAUAUAUAUAUAUAUAUAUAUUGUUCGAAAAUUCAAAAAAAAAAAGGAAAGAAAAG